UCUUCAUUCUUUUUUGAUUGCAGUGUUUCUCAUCGUUAAUAAGAGAAGCGCUGCACCAAUAAACAAAGAAAGAAUCAAUUUAUUUUACUACUUUGUAUCAGUUUCGUAAAUAACUUAUCAAACAAUGGCACGUCAAAUCAUUGUUCUUGCCCUUAUCUUCGUCGCAGUUGUCGGCUCAGUCGUUUCUGCAGCCCAAAGCCCAGCUUCUGCUCCAUCAAAAUCUGAAUCACCAAAAAUUGCACCAACAGCAUCAGAAGUUGCACCAGUCUCAUCACCAUCCAGCGACAGCGAAGAUGUAGCCGCCACCCCAUCAGCCAGUCCUAAAUCCUCCGCCGAAGCCCCAAUUCAGAAAUCUCCAUCUCCCAGAUCAUCCAUCUCACUCGCACCAUCUGAUGCUCCAUCUGGUUCAUCUGACCUGAGAUCUCCACCUGCACCCACACCUGAGGCUUCCGGACCUACCGCUGAUGCACCUACUACUACCGCUGAUGCUCCUGCCCCCUCAAAGCAGAGAAACGGUGCUAGUGGUUUGACAUACUCUGCUGUCGUCGGUGGUGCUGCUGCUGCUGCUUUCUUUUUCUAAGUUGUUGAUAUGUAAUUUUUUUUUUGUGUGUGUGUGUUCAUUUGAUACAUGUAGAUACAGUUCAUCAAGAACAAGGCAUUUGACUUGAAGAAUUUAUUUGUUUGAUAAAAUUCUUAUUGUACUGAAUACCAAAUACAAGGAAACAUUUUUAAAAAGAUAAAAA